UGUUAAAAUUUCGACUUUUCGUGACAGCACGUCAUUUUCGACAUUUGAUUGAUAAUUUUCUAAAGAUCCAUCAAAUUAGUUUGUUUGAAAGUUAGUUUUGGUUCGAAAUGUUAACAUUUCAUUAGCUUUAUAGUUUUAUUACGAUGUGAUAUAGUGGGUACCAUUUUAGGUUGUAUCUAGGUAGUCCAUAAUGACUGCCCAAAAGUGUGUAGUGGAAGGUUGCAACUUGGAGUACGACGUUGUUUGCAGCUUUUCCUUCUACAAUGUAAAUACAGGGUCGGACAGUGAGCCGAUCAGGCAAGAAUGGAUCGAGGGGGCUAUGCAGGAGGAGAGUGAGUGUCUAUGGCGCCAUGUCAGUCUUCAGCUGUGCGGAUACCACUUCGAGUUGGACGCGCAAGGGCUAUGGAUCGACUCGCCUAUGCUACCGGAGCUUCUUACGCUGCAGGAACAAGUGGCCCCCAUCACACCAACCGCCAGCGACAAGAGAGCGGCUGAAAUAAUCCGCAUGGAACACAACUACAGCGAGGAGCCUCCGAAGAAUGAUCCUCCGGAGAACGUCUCCAGGCUGAACGUCCGGCAGCUGGUCGACACUCUUGGAUAUUUAUCUCUAAAGAACCUGCAACGUAAACAGCUGUGGGUGGUUAAAGUGGAGACAGACAAAGCCGAGGCCUCCAUCACACAAGCGGAGCAGGUCAUCGCUAAGAUGCAGGACCCUAAGCAGAUCAUAGAGAUCAUACCGCAACCGCAGCCUGAAGCGGAAGAGCCCGCGCAGAACGAAGUGAGCAUCAUGGAGGAUUCCACCAUCUCCGACAACUUCAUCUACGAGAUAGCCGAGGAACAGGAGAUCACCAUGGACGAGGUGAAAGAAAUCCCAGCAGAGACCAACAAAGAAUGGAUGGUGAACAUAAUACCCGAAGAAAACAAGCCCAAGUACGCCUACAUCAAGCAUUGCACCUCGGGCAAGAAGAAGCGACACUUCACUGCGGAAAUGAACGAAAUUACCCUUCAAGGCGACUACGAAAACUACUACAUCCUUCCCGACGCGGACCCGUCCGUAGGCGUCGAGAUAACCACCAGCUACGAGCCGGACAACUACAUAGUCGAGGAGUAUGAACACCUGGUGCUGGAGGAGCGUCCCAGGAAGCGCAAGGACACGCCCGGCGAGAGCGGCCGCAAGAAGAAGAAGCGACUCAGCUCUUCCAUGAGGGAACAGGUAAAACAGAUAAAAUCAGAGAUCGCCGAAGACUGGGUGAUCGACAAUAACAUAGUCUACGAGCAAGACGACGAAUACGAUGAAAAGAAGGGAACUCCGCGCGUGCGGCGGAAAAAUAAGAAAUAUCUCGGAAGUAAACUAACCUAAACUGACAAUCGGACUACGUUGAUAUAACAUUUGUGGUAAGAUUUAUAUAGUUAUUGGGGCCCACUAUGUAUGUUUUACUCUUCAACCAAUCAUUGAUUGUAAAACUAAUUUAAGAAAAACGUGACCUUCUAUCAGAAAAGGGUCUUUAUCCUUCAAGUGUAGAAAAGGUCUUUAACAUCUGAAAAUCUAAAAAAAAAUUAUGGCUUUAUUUAUUAAGAAGGAUCCUUCUCUGAGAGAUACCCACAAAUCAUGCCUUAAUUUGGUCAGCUGAUAUAAAUGAUGCUGUAUUGCGCCGAUGUCAAAUCAAGGGUGAACAGGCACCUCGGCUAGUUUGUGGCCAUGACAUAGUGUAAUAAAGAGUACUAUCGUACAGUAUGGCCACUCCUGCUCGCGCUGAAAGUGCCGCCCACCCCUUCUCGGUUACCGCCUGUCAAGAACGCGAACAGUCGACCUGUCAUAUCUCACUCAUACAAGCAUGGUACGCGUUCACCCACACGAGUUUAGACUGUGUGCUAGGAACGCGCCUCUUUUAUAUAUUUAAUCGGCAUUCUACGAGAUGUGCCAUGAGUAAAGAUCGUUAUCAGCGUGCUGUAUUGGUGGCAGAGUAUGGUUGGCAAAAAAACAAAUACACAAGUAUUUAAAACAUUAUAUACUUAACAAAUUAUGAAAUAUAUACAUAUUUAUA